AUGACUCCCAACGCCCCUGCUACCUGGAAUCCCCUGUCCCCCGACCAAAGCUUCAAUCCCUUCAAGCCCCUCGGCCAGCAAAAUCUGUUCCCGUUCAGCACCGACGACCAGCCAAUGCCAAAGAACGUCUAUCAGGACAAGGCAACAUCGUGGCAUUAUUGCUGUGGCGGCAUCCCCGACCUGGCCGCAGCUUCGUUCCUGCUUCUUGCCCCUUCCCGCGCCUUGGUUUGGUUCCUGGUUGGUGGCCCUGUGGCUCUUGCUGCCCAGGCCAGCUUCUUGACCUCUGGCUCGCUGCUCGAUCGACAUGAUCUGAAGCCCCUUAGUAUAGACGAUCCCUAUACGCCCUCUGGAUUCCCAACUGCUCCCAGCACCCCGGUCUCGUUUACUUCCCCAUGGUCCUCGGUCAACUCCAAGGACACGGUCGACGAUUUGAGCCUGUCGGCCCUUUCGCUCAAUGACCGCAGGCCCUCGCCCACCGACACCGAUUCGUCUCGACUCACUCGCCACGACUCCAAGGGCUUGUUCGACAUUGGUCUGGGCCCGGAGCUGCUAGACCGUCGCGAGACCCAGCGUGCCGAGCUCACUUCCCAGAGCCAGCCUUCCUCGCCCGUCUCCUAUGGCAGCCUCAGCCUCGCCGACUGGAACGAUGUCCCUGUCCUCCCAAAGUCGGCACCUGCCCCCCAACGGCGCUCCUCGGCCGGAACCUUUCUCCGCGAAUCUACUCGCGUGGCCUCGCGCAUUCUGCAGAUUGAUCUGUCACUCCACGAGGACCAGAUGCGCCUCGUCGACCUGUGUCAGAAAUUUGGAUACAUCCGCGACAUCUUCCGCAUCGAUCACUUCCUGAUGGUGGUCUACUUUGACCUUCGCUCGGCGAUGCACGCUCUCGAACGCAUCAUCGAGCGCUACGGCGAAAUCGUCUACUAUGGCGAUGUGGCAACCAUCUUUGCCUUCCUGGAUCCGCUCCGUGUCGAGCAGCUCAGCAACCAGGGUGUGUUGCUGAUCCAGGGGCUGUCAACCCAAGCUCUGGACAGCCAGGUCUCGAUGGAUCUGUUCCGGCGGUUUGGCGAUGUCCGCGACAUCUACGAUCUCGGCUACGGCACCCACCAAAUGUCCUCAGCCCACCGAGCCUGUUGUGUGGUCGAGUACUUUGACACCCGCGCGGCCCACAACGCUCUCCAGUCGCUCGAGGGCCUCGAGUUUAAUAUGAGCGUCCUCUCCGUGUCGCUGUAUAACGUCAGCCACAGCAGACGAAGCGAUUUUGGCGUUGGCAUGCCCGCAUAUCCGUCCAAGCCGCAGUUCCUGCCGCCCGGCCUCGAUAUCGGCCCAAAGCCCAUGGGUCUUGCCAUCCAGUCCGACGGCCCCGGCGUCGGCAUGCCAAAGCGACCUUAUGCUUACGGCGCUGCUGGCCAGAUGAGUAUGUACGCAGAUAUGUCAGAAAACAAGGGCCCCCGCACCUCGGAUCCAGACCUCCUCUUCAAGUCCAGCAUGUACUCGCGCGAUCAGUACUCCAAGUCGCGCCUGGAUCUCCACGAGGGCAUGGGUGCCAGCGUGAACCCCGGCGACCUGUUUCCGCUCGACACCUCCGCCAUGGCUCCCGGAUCGCAGUACAUCAAGGACUCGAUCUCGUCGAGUCGUCGGUCGAGCCCGCUCUCGUUCUCAGAGUCGCACCACCACUCGUCCUCCGUCGUCGAUCUCCCUUACGGCCUCUACACCAAGGAGGUCAAGUUGGUUCCCUCGGGCGGAUUCCCGAGUGGCCAGAGCGAAUCGGUUGUCUUCAACCCCCCGCGCCAGAACGGAGGCCGCGGGGGCAUGCAUCCGUCGCAGCACCACCAGCAACUGCAACAACAGCAGCAGCAGCAACAUCAAUCUGGCAACUACGACGAUGAUUCGCGUGCAUAUCGGCUCCACCGCCUGAACAGCAACGGCUAUGUGAUGACUCCAGAUCGACUUGUCGCCGAUCCUAGCAUCGGCAACCCCGGACCCGCGUACAUUGAGCCCGGCUAUGGCAAGGGUAUCGGCAAGGGUGGUCACGGUGGCCACGGUGGCCAUGGUGGCCAUGGUGGUCACCACGGCGGUCAUGGCAACCACGGCGGCGGCGGCAUGGGUGAAAUGUCCUACAAGAAUGGAAACGUGAGCGCUGGCCAGCUCUCGCGCAAGCACUCGCACGGCCACUCGGCAGUCAACGGCUAUGUCCCAAACAUGCCCAUGCCGCCUCCUUAUCCCAACCCCGGUGCCCUCAUGGUCCCGGGCAAUCCGCAAAACGGCAGCGGAGGUCCACCCAACGGUGGUGGCGGCGGCGGCGGUGGUAACGGCAGAGGCGGCGGCAGCGUUUCCAGCACCCCAAAAUGGAACGAACUCAAUCUCUAUAACAUCGCCAAUGGGCUGGAUACAAGGACAACGUUCAUGAUCCGCAACAUUCCGAACAAGUACACUCAGGAAAUGCUGCUGCAGUUCAUCAACCUCACCCACAACGGCAAGUUUGACUUUCUCUACUUGCGCAUGGACUUUAAAAACAAGUGCAACGUUGGCUAUGCCUUCAUCAACUUUAUCGAUACCGAGGCUAUCAUUUCCUUUGCCGAGAAAGUCGUUGGUCAAAAGUGGAGCCGCUUCAACUCCGAGAAGCGCGCCAUUCUCAACUAUGCCAACAUCCAGGGCAAGGCCGCGCUCAUCGAAAAGUUCCGUAACUCGAGUGUGAUGCUGGAAGACCCCUCCUACCGCCCCAAGAUCUUCUACUCGAACGGCCCCAACCGUGGCAAGGAGGAGCCUUUCCCUCCCCCAACAAUUGCCGUCCGCCCCUGCAGCAACGUUCUCUACACGCGCGAGAACGCCAGCUGGACCGAUCGUGAAAAAGCCCAGAACAACAGCGUUGUUGAAGCUGCCGGCGGCGCGGCCUAAUCUCUUUCCCGCCCCCCCCCAGCGGUGCGCUCGCUGCGUUUCCUCUCUGGGAAGCCCACGCAGAGCCGCUGUCAUGGGCUUUCUUGAAGGCUGUGUGGCUCGCUCCCCUCCCACCCAGCCGUCUGUUGUUCCUUCCGCCUCUGACCUUAUCCGCACCGAGUGCGAACCCUUUGCGCACCCUCUCCACACCCUGGCAUCGUCAACUCCCCUCCCCUCACUACCGUCGACUAGAACCACAAAAGCGAUUGUACAUAA